CGACCCGCGCCCGCGAUGCUGGCGCUGCGCUGCGGCCCCCGCCUUCUCGGCCUGCUCUCUGCCCAGCGGCCCGCGCCGCUGCGCCUCCCCGCCGCCCGCGCCUGCAGCAGCGGCGCCCGCGGCCCGCCCUCUUCCUCGGCCCGGAACCCGCUCGUGUACCUGGACGUGGGCGCCGACGGGCAGCCGCUCGGCCGCGUGGUGCUGGAGCUGAAGGCAGAUGUUGUGCCAAAGACGGCAGAAAACUUCAGAGCACUGUGUACUGGUGAGAAGGGCUUCGGCUACAAAGGCUCAACCUUCCACAGGGUGAUUCCGUCCUUCAUGUGCCAGGGGGGUGACUUCACGAACCACAAUGGCACAGGUGGGAAGUCCAUCUACGGGAGCCGCUUUCCUGAUGAGAACUUCACGCUAAAGCAUGAGGGGCCAGGCGUCUUGUCCAUGGCCAACGCAGGCCCCAACACCAACGGCUCCCAGUUCUUCAUUUGCACCAUAAAGACAGACUGGCUGGAUGGCAAACAUGUCGUGUUCGGCCACGUCAAGGAGGGCAUGGAUGUAGUGAAGAAAAUAGAAUCUUUUGGCUCCAAGAGUGGGAAGACGUCCAAGAAAAUUGUCAUCACAGACUGUGGCCAGCUGAGCUAACCUGUGGCCAGGCGUGCAAGGGUGGCAGCAGCCGUGUGGGUGUGUUGACUCAUCCAGGUAACAGCUUUAGGGUCUCAGUGAAGGUGCCCUGGAGAGUUGCCUACUGCUUGCUGCCCCACCGCCAUGUGCUCGAAGAAGGCCUCAGGAAUACCAGACCUCGACUGGGCACCCCCAGGCUGCUUCCCCAGUGUCCACCCUCCUCACAGCCCCCUUCCACAAGUCUGUGUAGACACCAGGUGCCCCCGCCCUCAGCAGGCCUUGUCUUCCAUCACCCAGCCCAAGUUCUUCUGUGCCUUGGACGUGGGGACGAUGGCCUAAUAUUCAGGAAAGGUUUUUCCCUUUUCCUGGGCCAAGGGGAAAGCCAGUUGCUACAAAAGGGCUAUGAUACUUUCGUCUUCCUGUUUGGAGUAAUUUAACUAACGAGAUUGACUAGACAUGAAGUUGUGAUACUACGCCAUGCCAGGGUGGGACCUGAAUUGGUGGCUUGGCUUUUGAAACAGAAUUCUGGGCUUCGUGAAGGUCCCCGUGGCCGAGGCCUUUCCUCCCGGCUACUGUGAAUCCCUCUGGUUUGCUGCUGUCAUCUUUGAGAAGGGUCCCUGGUGGUAGAAGCAGAUGGACCCGGGAACAGAUCCCAUGUGAGCUGUGCCUCGUCACUGUGAAUUCCUGUGUUAAAAACACCUGCACAUGUGCCGUGUGCUCUGGGAGAAAGUAACCGUGUCUUCUCUGGAGCUUUGAUUU